AUGGGCAUGCAGGCACCUUUCCCAUCGUCAUCCUCAUCCACGGCUUCGGUGGACAUGAUCACCUACACGCCUCCAGCGGAGGUCAGCCAACUGCGCUCCGAACUUGCCCAGCUGGUCCCUGCUUUUGAGAGCGUGACGACCCUAGCGGGGGAGUCAAAGCUGCGGAAGGGUCCGCUCGGCCAGUCCAUCGAUGGAGUAUUGCUGUGUGUCCUGCAACUGGGAACGUACAUUGGACACGGCGAACUAUAUCCAGACGACUGGGCAACCGGAUCGAACAGUGUCCUGACUGGCCUAGGGAUUGGCCUUCUAGUCUCCACAGCGGUUUCUGUCUCCACCUCCUUGGAAGAUUUGGUUCCUGCUGGGGCUGCCGUGUUGCGCAUUGCGUUCCGUCUUGGGGUGUAUGUGAGCGAUGUUUCACAGAGCCUGGAAGCCCUCGAUCCGGACAGUUCCGAUUCCUGGGCGUAUGUCGUGCAUGGGUUGACUGUGGAGGAAGCGCAGAAAGAGCUGGACGAGAUCCAAGCCAUGUUAGGCACUUCAGCAGCGAGCAAGGUCUUUAUCAGUGCCAUCAGCGAGACCUCUGUCACCGUCCGCGGGCCUCCGUUCCGAUUAAAAGCCUUGUUCCGCCACCAUGCCUCAUUUUUACAUCGAAAAUUCGCCCAACUGCCGGUGCUUGGAGGCUUGUGUGGUUCCAGUGUCUAUCCGAAAUUCAGCAACAUGCCGGUGGUAGACCCGGGAGUCGUAAACUGGCCGGCCGAGCUUGCGAGCGGCGGCGCCAGAGACGCCCACAAGGUGGUGUUCCCAGCCAGAAGCUGA